AACUUCACCCUGAUCAUCCUCAUCUUUUCCCCCCUUCUCCCCCUCCCUCCUCAUCAAGCGCUCGUGCGCCCUUCGGAGCCGCAAUGUCGUCGUCUAUGGCACCGCCGUUUCAGACGCCCCGCCGCCCAGGACCCUCAGCGACAACACCCUUCAAGACGCCUCUGCGUACGCCAGGCGAGCAAACAUCCCAAACACCAGUUGUCGACUUCGACCUCAUCGAGUACCAAAAAGAAAAUGUACAGCCGAUGUCAAAGGGCCGCUCGGCGCACUCGCUCAGCCAGACGCUCGCUCUCAAGCACAAGGAAAGAGCAGAGGAGCUCGCAGUAAAGCGCCAAGAGUACGAGAGCAAAGUCCAGCCUGACAAGCUGGCAGAGAGCGACGACCCGCUCGCAGACUGGUGCGACUAUGUACAAUGGACCAUCGUCAGCUAUCCAAGUGGCGCGUCCGCCGACUCUGGCUUAAUUACUGUACUCGAGAGGGCGACGAGAUCCCUCCGCAGCGACGCCAGAUACUGCAACCCACACGAGCCACGCUACCUCAAGCUCUGGACACUCUACUCGGAGAACGUCGAGAGCCCAGAGCUCAUCCUCAACUGGCUCUUGGCCAACGACGUCGGGACAGCAUGCGCAGAGCUGUACGAGAAAGCAGCUGCUGUGGCAGAGACGCGGGGAUUGUACGAGUCGGCCGACUCCCUCUUCAAGCUCGGCAUCCGCCGCAACGCCCAGCCCAAUUCACGCCUCCGCAAGCGCUUCGAAGAAUUCAAGGAGCGCCUUGUACGCAAUCAGUCCGCUGCUGAGAGGGGCCUUGACUAUGCUUCGGCCCUCGCUCGGGCUAUGCGUGAGAGCAGGAGAACAAUGCUGGGAAACAAGGAUGAGAAGACGGGUAAGAGUGUCCAUGCCAACGUCAUGCGUGGCGCUGGCAAAAGCGCCGGGCUGGGAUCCGCAAACACGGUCAACAAUGGACGCAAGCUCAACGUCUUCCGUGACUCCGAGGGUAGCCUGUCUGGCGCAGAUGGCAAGGGACCGGAGGCAUCCGAGUUGGGCAGCCGCGAUGUGAGGAGGCAGGAGAAUGCAAAGGAGGCUAAGGGGUGGAACGGGGAACGACUCCCUCAGAAGGCGCGUCUUGGAGGUUCUUCUGCACUCACCCCCGGCAAGAAGACGCUCAAGGUCUUUGCAGAUUCGGACGAUGAGGAAGCGGAGGAGCAGCGAUCACCCAGCAAGGGGCGUCAACUCUCAAAUACGAAGCCAAUGCUGGGCUCGUCACACCCUGAGGUGGACUUACUCAAGCGCGACCCGUUCAGUCGAUGGUCGCAGGACGAGCGAGCUCAAGUGACUGCCUUGAAAGGUUUGCAGCUCGGUGACGUGGAAAGUGUUGCUCAGCACGCAGCGCCUGCAGCGACCAAUUCUAGGAGAGCUCCUGAGCCAUCUCGCUCCUCGUCUGGCAAGUCAAAGAAUACCUCAUCAGCAAGCUCCAGCUCACGAUCCUCGUCCUCCAAGCCUUCUGCUCCGCCAAGCGGCGCGAAGCGUCCCGAGCGUCUUGCCCUCCCCGAGUCACUCUUCUACCCUGGCCUCGACAUCGAGCAGGCGAACGGCCCUCGACCCACAACGGGAAGUAUAGAGCGCUGCGUUGAGCAGAUCAUUGCGGCAAGGCUUGGGUUCAAGCUCAAUUUUGAUGGCGACGAGGACGAGGACCCGUGGGCAUACCUUGAUGAGCCGAUGGAGGUGGAGCAGCCUGAGCCUGCCAUGGAAGAGGACGACCAGGGGCCAGAGCCUAUGGCUAGCUCAAGCUCAACGCCCACACGAGCGACAGUUGGUGCCGAGCGCGAAGCGUCAUCAACGCCAACCCAGUCCGGCCGUAUAGCCGCCCCGGCAGCAAAGACUCCGCCUCGUGAGCCAACAAGGACGGGCAUGAAGCCAUCGAGCCCGACAGUUAUGACUAAAGCAGCGGAGGCCGAGGUUCGCGCCCUCUUCAACGGCGGCGACGAGGACAGCGAUGAAGAGGAGGAUGAAGACUCUGACGAGGAGUCCUCAGACGAGGAGGAAGAAGAAGAGCAGCAGAAGCCCGCAAGACCCUCUCCGCCCGCAGCAAGUCGCGACGAUGAGAACGCCGGCGUGGAAGCAACACCGCUCCGGCCUAGCAGCCAUGGUCAGCCGCUCGGACUCAAAACUCGAGGUCCCACGGCAGCCGCAACGCCGAUGCGCAAGCCACUGGGCGCCGUUGCCGCCACUCCCCUUGGCGGGAUCGGUAAAAAGCCCAUUUAUGUUGAGGAAGAUGAGGAUGAAGAGCCGGAAGAGGAGCGCCCCCGUCCUACGGCUCAGCGCAUCCUUCCUGUCGCUCACGAGGAAGAUGAUGAGGAGUCGGACCCCGAUGAGGAGGAGCAGCGCCAGUACAACUAUGGCGAUGGGCAAGACCUCCUCGAGGGUGGAGCUCGCUUUGAUCAGCUCACAACCAUCUCUGAGCGAACCGAAUUUGAGACGCGGUGGGGUAUGAAUACGCCGGGGAGGAGUCGCAGCGUAUACAUGCCUACCAAUACGGAGGAGGACGAGGAGGAAGAAGAGGAGAACGAGGACGUAUCCAAGCAGCAGCAGGAAAAGCAGCAAGUCGCCGGUACCCCCUCGCAGGAGCGCUCUUUCGCCUCCGAGAGUAGCGAGCAACGCGAGACUUCUGCGGGCCACACGGGCCGCUUCGGUGGCGGAAGAGCGAAGUUCGAGAUGAGCCCUGGCUAUACCAUUGAGAAGCGCGAAGACUGGACGAGCGAGGCGACUUCUCCCUCCUUGUCGCGCAAGGCUCUGGCUGCUUCAAGCGCAGUGACCUCAACAAGCAUCCCCAAUCCUUGCUCACCGACCGAUGCGGACGUCCUCUCCGUCCUUUUGUCCUCGCUCCCGCUCUCCGUCGAGACUUCGCCCGACUUCUUCGACUUCUCCAACAUCUCUUCGGGCAAGCUCGCCACUCUGCAACGACAAGCGAAGGCCCAGACGCGCAAGUCCGUUGGGAACACUUCUGCCACCGGACUUGUUGGCGGUGCAAAGGACUGGUGGCUGGAGAUCGAUGGCAACCCCUUUUCCAUCCGGGAGAAGCUCGGCGAGGGAGCUUACGGCUCCGUCUUCCUGGCCGAGGAUGUUAACAAUGUCGCCCCACCUCGUCACAAGAAGGCGCUAGGAGGCAUUCUGGGCGAUUCCUCGUUCGACCUUUCUGCGCAAGAGGAGGAAGAGGACGAGGACGAGGAAGACGAAGACGAAGCGGAGCGCAAGCGUAUGGUAGCUAUCAAGGUCGAGUCGCCCGCGAAUCGCUGGGAGUUCUACCUUCUAGGCCAACUUCGUGCUCGUCUCUCUGCUGAGCGCGACCUUCAGAGCAUCAUCGGAGCACGUCGCUUCUAUGCUUAUCAGGACGAGAGCUUCCUCCUCCUCGAAUGGGGAGAGAAGGGCAAUCUUCUUGAGAUUGUCAACCAGGCCUCAAGCGCUGGCGUAGCUCCGGCCGGUGCGACGAGCGGCGUCGAGGAGGUGCUGGCGAUGUUCUUCACGAUCGAGCUGCUCCGACUUGUCGAGGGACUGCACGACGCUCAGCUCAUCCAUGGAGACCUCAAGAUCGACAACUGCCUGCUGCGCCUCGAUGACGCGCCAUCCGGUACGACUUGGUCCAACUCGUACAAGCGCGAUGGGUCGCAAGGCUGGACGAGCAAGGGCCUCUACUUGGUCGACUUUGGGCGCGCGAUCGACCUCUCCGUCUUUCCUGAGGGGCAACGCUUUGUUGCUGACUGGCAGACGGACGAGCGUGAUUGCCUAGAGAUGCGCGAGGGCAAGUCAUGGACGUACGAGGUGGACUACCAUGGCGUUGCGAGCAUUGCCUUCUGUCUGCUGUUCGGACGCUACAUCGAGACGGAGGUGGGACAGGACGGAAGACAGAAGAUCAGAGCAACCCUCAAGCGCUACUGGCAGGGCGAGUUGUGGAGUCGCCUGUUCGAUGUGCUUCUCAACAGUGGCGCCGGUACGGCUUCUGAUGCGAGGGGAAACGCCAAGGCAGAGGCGAUGGCAGUCAGGGCGGACAUGGAGGGCUGGCUCGAGGAAAAUUGCAUGAAAGGGGGAAAGAAUCUCAAGGGCUUGCUCAAGAAGCUAGAAAUCUGGACGAUGAGUCGACGCGGGUGAAUCGAGCCGCGUCGAGGGGAUCGAGACGAGACAGUACGCAACAUCAUGACAAGAGACGGACCUCGCAUUGCGAAGGUGCAGCAUUCAAUCACGCCCACUCAAACAAAGCAAUCUAUAUCCAAGUUCGCAGUGAAGAG